UCUUCUCUUUUGUCAACAGCGGUUUCCCUGGACGCAUUAGUAGAGAACUGUCACAAACUCCUGGAGAAGUUCCACUAUUCGUGGGAGAUGAUGCCUCUAGUCCUGGUCAUCCUCAACUACGCGGGCAGUGACCUUGAAGAGGCUUCACGGAAAAUUGAUGAAGGGAAGCUGAUGAUAGACGAGUACGCGAGGAAGCACAACCUGAAUGUCUUCGACGGGCUCGAGCUGAGGAACUCGACACGCCAGAAAAUGCUGGAAACUCAUAAUUUAAGUGGUGUUAUCUCGUCGUCCAUGGACUUAUUUUGA